AUGCCGUCCAUACUGAACAAGGACGACAAGCUAGUCGUUAAACGCGCAGUACCUAGUCCAUCAAACAAUAUCAUCACUGUCGCUGUCGCACGACUCUACGUGAACUAUCCAAAUAAGCACAAAUGGAACUUCACCGGAAUCAGUGGGGCGGUGGUACUGGCCGAGGACUUGGUCGGACACACGUUUUUCUUCAAAAUAGUCGAUGUUACUAGCAACAAAGGCGUGAUAUGGGACCAGGAGCUCUACGAGGGCUUCAAGUACAAUCAUGACCGAACCUUCUUCCAUACUUUUGAGCUCGAAGACUGCAUGGCAGGGUUUUCAUUUGCGGAUGAGAAGGAAGCUGCAGGGUUUCACAAAAAGGUUGAGACACGAGAAAAAUACGCAAAAUCCAAAGGCCGCCCCGCUGGAUUCAGCGCACACAUACCGCAUCCUCACCUUCCUCAUAUGGGACGCAGCGAUAGCGUUUCUCGCAAUUCACCCUCUCCCCCUGCGCCGAAGGCUCAAAACGGAGGCGAUGUGCCGUUUUCAAUAGACAACCCAGACCCGGAGUUCCAGGCACUCCUAAAAGAGUUAAUGGACAUGGGAAUUACGGCAGAUCAGAUAAAGGAUAACGAAGACUUUAUCAAGAGUUAUAUCGCCGAGAAGGAAAAGAAUGCUGAGGCAGAGAAGCGUAAGCGACUAUCGAAUGGGAAUGGGAAUGGAGUCUCCUCCACCCCCGCCGCCUGCACCCCCGCAAUCUGCACCCCCACCACCCUCUGUGCCGCCUCCGCCGCCUGUACUCAGGAAUGGCAUUGGUCAACUGAGUCCUCAAGCAACUGGAAGCUCGACCAAGUCACGGAGGGGACCACCACCCCCUCCACCAAUACCCAGGGGGUCAAGGCAUUUAGCUUCUCAAUCGAAUGGCUCGUCACCGCCUCCCCCACCGUCCCGAUCUCCAGCUCCACCGCCGCCGCGAGCUGUAUCUCCGCCUACCCAGCCACGAUUUGGGGUCCCCCCUCCGCUUCCUACUGCUGGUGCCUAUGCCAAUUCAGCUCCACCACCCAGACCAGGUCCACCACCACCACUACCGCCUACAGAAAGAGCACCGCCACUACCGCCGAAGACGCCACUGGAGGAGAAUACUCCGACAAGGUUUGCAGUUCCACCGCCUUUCCAGCCACCGAGCCGGCCUCCGCAGGCUCCUCCGCAGGCUCCUCCGCAGGCCCCUCCAAGCCGAGGACCACCGAUACCUGUUCUACCAUCACGACCAGCACCCCCAGGACCCCCACCACCACCUCGGCCACCGAUGUCCCACCAGCCCGUCCACCGCCGCCGCCGUUCCAACCCCCUCCGGUUGUUGCGGCCCCACCACCAGCUCCCCCACCACCCCCGCCACCUCCACCACCCCAGUCAUCCGGACCUCCCAUGAUGAUCGGUUUCCCCAGCGGACCUCCCCCAACACCUCCCAGCAUGCCCGGGUUCAGCAACAAUACGCCGCCUCCACCAGUGGUGUCCAUGCCCGGCUUUAGUUCGGGUGCAUCACCGCCACCACCGCCCCCGCCACCACCUCCUUCCGGUGGCAUGUCCGGCUUCGGUGGAUCUGCACCACCACCACCACCGCCGCCGCCGCCGCCAAGCUUUGGGUUUAGCAAUAAUGCCCCUCCUGCACCACCACCACCUCCACCUGGGAUGGCUCCUGGUGGAGCACCUCCGCCCCCGCCACUACCAGGCCGAGACGAAGGCGCAGCACCGUUACCCAGCAAGAGUGCUCUGCCCCCUGGAGAUCUGCUAGCGUCUAUCAGAGGUGCGGGAGGAAUUGGUGCGCUGAAGAAGACAAAGACGGUCAAGGACGCAAGCGCCCCAGCUAUCAAGCCGUCAGCUACACCAGCACCGGCCAGUAACCCAAUGCUUGCGUUGCAACAAGAGCUGGAUAAGAGAAAGGGCAAAGUUUCAAACCAGAGUGAUGAUGAGGAUGACGGCGACUGGUAA